UUCAAAGAAGGAUAACAGGGCGGCUCUUUAGCGACGCAUCACGGCUACUAUAGUUACCAUCCAAUGUUAACGAUACAGAGUCGCGAAAGUGUAUUUGGUGUUAAUAUUCACGAAAAAUGGAGUUACCAGUUACAUAUUGUUUAUGCGGCCGUUCCUACGAUUUCGAACAAUUUAUGAUACAAUGUGACGUUUGUAAAGAAUGGUAUCAUGGAGGGUGUGUUUCUGUAAAAGAAUAUAUGUCCAUAGAUCUUGACAAAUACCAUUGUCCGCGUUGUGAAGCAAUGUGCGGGCCAUCGCUUAUGAAAACAAAAUUGAAUUGGCAUAGACAUGAUUAUACCGAGCCCGAUGCUGAUACAAAACCAGUUCAAACUGGCACACCAGUAUUUAUAAGGGAAUUAAAAUCCAGACAUUUCCCAAAAGCUGAUGAAGUUGUUAAACACGUUAGAGGCCAGCAAUUGACUCUUCAAUAUUUACAAGCUAACGGCUUCGAAAGUCCUAUUAUAAUUGAUGGGAAGGAUGGACUUGAUAUGACCGUUCCACCACCAAACUUCAGCGUUUAUGACGUAGAAAGUUACAUAGGUGGAGAUCGAGACAUGGAUGUAAUCGACGUUACAAGACAAAGUAAUAUCAGAAUGAAAUUAAGAGACUUUGUUGAAUAUUACAAUUCCCCUUGCAGAACAAGGGUUCUUAAUGUGAUUAGUCUUGAAUUUACAAACACUGGUCUUUCACCAAUGGUCGAGGCACCAUACAUCGCGCGUAAACUCGACUGGGUUAAUUCUGUUUGGCCGCGUGAUUGGCUCGAGGAUAGUGACAUAAAACGCCCCGAAGUGCAAAAGUAUUGCCUAAUGGGGGUCAAAGACAGUUUCACAGAUUUCCACAUUGAUUUUGGUGGUACAUCUGUGUGGUAUCACGUGCUACGCGGAGAGAAAGUGUUUUAUCUGAUCAGGCCUACCCCUGCUAAUUUACAACUGUAUCAACAUUGGAUGUGCAGCUCAACCCAGAGUGAAACCUUUUUUGGAGAUCAAGCCGAUGCGUGUUACAAAUGCGUUAUAAAACAAGGCCAAACUAUGAUGAUUCCAACAGGUUGGAUACACGCUGUAUUAACUCCAGUUGAUUCUUUGGUCUUUGGUGGAAAUUUUGUACAUAGCCUUAACAUUCCAAUGCAACUACAGAUAUACGAAUUAGAAAAAAAAAUGAAGACUCCUGCCAAAUUUCAAUAUCCUGGUUUUGAGACAAUCAAUUGGUUUGCAGCAAAGAAAUUACUGAAAGAAUUGAAAGAUUUGAAUAAUGAAGGAAAGAAAUGUCCAGCGUAUCUUUUACAGGGUGUUAAAGCAUUACUCAGUAUUCUAAAACAGUGGAACACAGAUAAGGACUAUAAUAUGACCAGUAGAGGUCAAAUACCAGAAACAAUAAAUAGUCAAAAAUUGUUAAAAGAUUUCAGUAAGGAAAUUCGGCAUGCUGAACGAUACUUAAUAUCUUUAAAUCCCCCGAAACCGGAGCGAGAGAGUAAACGCAAGAAAAAGAAACCAUUGAAUAAAGAUUUUGUAGAUUAUGAUGUUGCCGAUAGAAUGCCUGAUAAUCCGUUCAAAGCAACGUUAAAAGAGACGAGUAAAGCGAAUUCUACGAUCGCAGAGUCACCGUCAUCCGGUAGACCACCGUUAAAACUCACAUUACCGAAACCCAUCAUGUAUCCCUAUGCCAAAACUCAAAGUCCAACAUUGGAAGAGAAAAAUGUUUCUCCUGUUAGUAAUAGAAGAUCGUCAAAACCGGGUAAACAAAGCCCAACCGUAAUUAGAUUUAAGCUCGGCAAUAACGAGGUGGUCAGGAGUACACACGAUGACAUAAAUACGUAUAAUAAUUUACACUCUGACCAUCCCCUUGGGACAUCGAAAGAAUUAACUUGGAAACAAACUUCUAUAUACGAUUUUCACGACGGCAGCAACGAAAGCGAUUAUGGUCGAUUUACUAUUGACGAAUCGCCAAAACGAAAGAGAGCACCCAAAACUAAUACGCAAAAGCGUUUAAAACGCGAUUACGAUGGAGAUGUUGACGUUUUAAAUGAUGCACCAAAAAAUGGAAUCGAAGAAUUAUUGAAAGCAUCGGCUUAUACCUUGGGAAACGGGACUCAAAGAUUGGAUGUAACGACAUCAAUGAUAUCACAAUAUAGUCAACCUAUGCCACCGCCUACUGGUAUUUAUAAAUUGAAAACAACCAGUUCUGGUAGGGCAUCUCCUUCGACUCGGGAAGCAAUUGCCGGGAUGCUAUCCUUCAGUGAACAAUGUUAUUCAACUACGUCAAAUAGUACAUCGAAAUCUACAAAAAUCACGAAAGUUCAAACUAGCGAGGACGACGAUCAGUCUAUAGAAAAUAUCGAUAAAGUUCAUCAGGACGAUGAUUUUAUUUACCCGACUUUAGACGCGUCAGACGAUGAGGAUUUUAUUUUUAAACCUAAAGCGAAAAGUCAGAUAGACGAGGCAUGGAAUCCAAAAGCCAGAGUAGGACCUCUGUUGCCAAAAACGAAUCGUCCAGCUCGAGAAGGUGUCAAGAAAACAUCUGUCGAAAAAGGGCUCGAGGCAGCGGCAGCGAAACGUGCAAAACAAUCGGACGAUUAUCUGGAUAACAACAUGGAUAAGGGCGCCAAGAAGAAAUUGAGCACAACUAAGCGGACGUAUAAUAAAAAAAAGCAAAAGAAUUCAUCUGUAACUUCGGCAACUGGUACAUCAACCACAUCCUCGGAAAAUACCGCAAAAACAAGCAUCGGAUUCGGUUCGAUAUUAACGAGUCCUAAUAGGCUCAAGGAUGUUAAAGCGAAAUUAGCCGCCCCGGUUCCAGUUGAACGAAAACCAAAGAAAGGAAUGAAAACGGCGAAGCAGCGCUUAGGAAAAAUUUUGAAACUUCACAAAAUGAUGCACUAGGUUAAAAAAUAGCAAAAAAAUCAUGAACGUAACGGACUAUACAUCACAUUACACUCUCGAUUUAUGUACAAAAACUACAUAUGUAAUAGAUGUACAUUGCUAUGUAAAUAUGUUGAAAUCAUUGAGGUAGUAUAUCUAUCUUAAGAAUCUAGUUUUUAAAAUUGCGAUCGUUUUUUAACGAGAUAUUUAUAUUUAUUAUCGCAGUAUUUAAUUUUAAGAUAUAUAUACAUAUAUAUAUGUAUAUAUUGUAUGUUUUGAUACUUGACUACUUCAGUAAGAGAUUAUUUAUGUUGUAGCAAACACUUGCUGAAGCUUUUCCUAAAUGUACAAUUAUAUUUUAAAGCAUUAUUCGUUUAUAACUAACGAAAGAACAACACUGUCCAUCUAAUUGUAAAGAGGCUGUAGUAUAUUAAAUUUUUCUCAGUUUGCUAUAUAAUAGUAGCAACAAAUUUUGUAUGGCAUAAUAGCUGCACGACAACGAAAAACAGUGGGAUAAUCGAUACUGUGUUCUGUAGACAUUUACUUAGAACCUUUGGUCUCGAUCAUGUGCUUUUCGUUAUAUUUACGUCUCGUACUUACUUCCAUCUUCGGCUUAUAUCAAGUUAUAUUCACUUUGAUAUAUUAUAAUAUUUAAUAAUUUAUUCAAUCAUCUAUGCUCUAUACAUUUGAACAAACGUUAAACAUGUUGUAGAGUAUGAUUCGUUUUCAUUUUUAUAAACUAAUGUUAUCCUUUUUGUAUAUCUAUUAAUAUCUUGUAAUUGAGCAUACUGAUAUGUCAAAGGAAUACAAACAUUGCACACAUAUACACAUAUAAAUUGCAGCUGUCUGUCUUCAUUUAUUAUCAGUUUCAUUAUCAAUGACACAAUUUUUCACUUGUAACCACUGAUUUAUAUAUAUAAUUAUUAAUUGAAAGAUGACACUAAUUAAAAGGUGAUGCGAUCUUUCAUUUAUAUCCACUGAUUUGUAUGUAUUAUUAUUAAUUGAAAGGUGACACCGAUAAUAUAAUUUUCACAGUAAUGUAUACAAUAUAUUUCUUUUAUAAUUACUAUACAUACUAUAUAUUCGUUGCGACGUUUAUAAACGCGAGAUGCGAUGUAUGGAUUUCAUACUUCCCGCUGAAUGUAGAGUGCAAAGGAGUGUGAGCGCAUGCGUGUAAUUAUCUGUACUCAGCAGUAUUCAGUAGUACCUUGAUUGAUGCUGACCGUUUUGUAAAAUUUCUCGUUGAUUCGAUGUGUCGUCGCGAAAAAGUCUAUCGACCGUUCGUUCUCUGUAUCCGUCGCUAAUUAUAUCUGCGAGUGUGUAUUUCAACGAUUUAAUCGUAUUCAAUAUCUGUUUUCUAAUCAGUGUCAUUUGCUCGUGUCUUUUCUUCGAAAAAUUUUCUUCUAAAAUUUAUGGUGUUUUCAACACGUAGUGUAUGUAUAUACGUAUAAAACUUGCGUAUAGCGUACAAAUUGUGAAACGAUCGUGAGCCAGUGAAUCAAUAGUAAAAGGAAAAUUCAUUGUAAUAUGCGAUAAUACCGACUGGGACGUGAAAUUGUUUCCUUUCGACCGCGUGGAAUAUUCAAGACGCUAUCGCGUGUAUUUGACGUUCACAAG